CAUUUGGUGAAGCAGCUACGGAAUAUCCAUUUCGUUAUCGAACCGGUAAAUUGAAUCAAUUUGUCGGAUUUGCUACACCACAUCUACCACCACCAACUAAUGGUCCAUUUAUAUAUGGUUCAAUAUGGGCAUCAUGGUCAGCAUGGUCAUUUUGCGUGAAUAAAGUACGUGUACGUGUACGUGCAUGUAAUACAGUUCGAGGAUUCUCAUGUCUUGGUAAAAAACAGGAAUUUGUGGAAUGUGAUGAAACAGAUUACAUGCAACCAGCAAUACAUGAAUCUGAUUAUGUAGCAAUUGAUCCAUGGGAAGAAGAUCGACGAGAAGCUAUGAAGCAACUUUAUUCGAACAAAUAUAUACCGGAUGAAAAUGAAAAAAUAAAUUUCGAUGGAAUUGAUAAAAUAAAAUUUAUUCCACGUGAAUCAGAAAUUCGACGACGUGAACGAAGUUCAAAUCAUUUCUAA